GCCGGCCCGUCCCCGGGCCCCUCUCCGUGCCCGGCGGGGCUGGGCCGCCUCGCCGCGCCCCUCCGCCUCCCCCUGUCCGGCCCCGGCGCUCCUCCCCUGCCGUCGGGGCUGCGGCAGCUCCCGCUCCCCCUUUGUCACUGAAGCACAAAGCUCCGCAGCGAUCCCGGGGAGACAGGAGCUUCUGCUGCCCUGCCGUAAAACUCGGCCCCGGUGGCGGGGAUCGGGACAAGUCUGAGUAUUUCAGGGAGAGAUUUAAGCCUUUGGGUUUUUUUUUUUAAUUCUUUUGUCCGUCGUUCGGUUGAGUCAGCAAAGUUGCACGGCGGGUGGAUGCCUUUCAGCGUCUCCCCACGGGGACCGGUUUUGAGGCUUUAGUGGGAGAACUGGUGGCAGAGGAGUGGCUUCACAAGUCGUGAAGGGCCUGUGACCCUCUAAAAGAAGCAAGAGCAGAAGCGGGCAGCCCCCAGCCCAACCUGAAGCAGAGGAAGAGCAGCCCUGGGCUUUAGAGAUGGAGGCAGACCUGCUUCUCCAAAGGAUUUGUAAAUAGUGUCCUCACUUCUGAUUGUGAUGCCAGACUUCUGGAUCAGGAGCUUUCCUCUCUGCCUUGCAGGACUCUGUGUCCUUGUACCAGCCAUAGAACAAGACUGAACCUGGGCAGGACCAGCUUAGCCUGGUUGGUGUUAUCCCACCCAAGGGUGUUACACACAUCAGGAGUGGGUCACAAGCCGUUCACGAGCCAUUCCCUGAGGACCUCAUCGCUGGUGAGACCCCGUCCACACCUGUGUACCUCACCACCCUUCUGUUGAGUCUGCAAGCCCAGGAGGUUCAGCAACAUCUGAUGACCAUGAAUUUGAUCCAUCAGCUGAUAUGCUGGUGCAUGACUUUGAUGAUGAACGGACAUUAGAAGAGGAGGAAAUGAUGGAAGGAGAAACAAACUUCAUUUCUGAAAUAGAGGAUCUUAACAGGGAAAGUGACAUGCCAAUCCAGGAGCUGCUCAGCCGGUACGGCUACGAUGGUACCAUGCCGCUCCAAGAAGAAGAGGAGGAUGAGGAGGAAGAAGAGGAAGAGGAGGAGGGAGAAGAUGAUGAUGAUGUUGAUAAUGAUGACAACAGUGGCUGUAGUGGUGAAAACAAAGAGGAGACAAUAAAGGAUUCAUCAGGUCAGGAGGAUGAGACCCAAUCGUCUAAUGAUGACCCAGCCCCAUCUGUUGCUUCCCAAGAUCCACAGGAGAUAAUUCGCCCUCGUCGAUGUAAAUAUUUUGACACAAACAGUGAAAUAGAAGAGGAAUCUGAAGAAGAUGAAGAUUACAUCCCCUCAGAAGACUGGAAAAAGGAAAUCAUGGUGGGCUCAAUGUUUCAGGCUGAAAUUCCAGCUGGCACCUGCAAGUACAAAGAGAAUGAAAAAGCAUAUGAAAAUGAUGACCAGCUGCUCUGGAAUCCUGACUUCUUGCCAGAAGAUAGAGUGAUCGAGUUCCUAAACGAGGCCUCGAGGCGUACGGGUGAGGAGAAAGGUCUAGAUGCAAUUCCUGAAGGAUCACACAUUAAAGACAAUGAGCAGGCCUUGUAUGAACUGGUGAAGUGCAAUUUUGAUACAGAAGAAUCCUUACGAAGGCUGAGGUUUAACGUGAAAGCAGCCAGAGAAGAAUUGUCUGUUUGGACAGAAGAAGAGUGUAGGAACUUUGAACAAGGGCUGAAGGUCUAUGGCAAGGAUUUCCAUGUGAUUCAGGCAAAUAAGGUACGGACGCGGUCGGUGGGGGAGUGUGUGGCCUUCUACUACAUGUGGAAGAAAUCCGAGCGCUACGACUUCUUCGCGCAGCAGACUCGCUUCGGCAAGAAGAAGUACAACCUUCAUCCCGGAGUCACAGAUUACAUGGACCGUCUGCUGGACGAAAGUGAAAGUGCUGCCUCCAGCAGAGCUCCGUCCCCACCUCCAACAGCCUCCAACAGCAGCACCAGCCAGUCGGAAAGGGAAGACAGCACCACCAGCAGCAGCAAUCAGAACGGGGUGUCUGCCAACGGGCCAGGGGAGAUGCCAAAUAAAGAUGAAGCAAAAAUGGAAGGGUUGCACGUCAAUGGACCUAGCAGUGGCAAGAAAACACCUCACACAGAUCUGGACACCAAUGGGUAUGAGACUGAAAGCCUUGGCACUGACCCGAAACUUGCUCAUCCAGCUUCGAGGAAUGAAAACAACGCGGAAGAGAAAAAUGAGAGACCUCUGAAAAGAAGAAGAAUUAACAGCAACGGGAAGGAGAGUCCAGGUUCUUCAGAGUUCUUCCAAGAAGCAAACUCCCACGGGAAGUUUGAAGAACUAGAAACUUUGGAUGACUGAAUUCCAAGCAGCUGAUUUUUAUUCCCUGGUGUAAAUGUUGGGGUGUCUGAAAUUUUCAGGGUUGAUGGGUUACCUUACCAAAACCAAACCAAAUCCAGUUCCAUAAAACCAACCUGCCCAGAUACAUAGAGAUAGAUAUGUAUAGAUUUCAUUUUUUCCUCCCCCCCACCUCAUACCCUCUAGUUGGCUCUGAAAAAUCUGAAUAUUUGGUGGUUUUCAGUGCUGAAAAAGCAGUAGGAGGGGAAAAAAAAAAAACAAACCACAAAACUGCAUUUCUCAGACAGGAACUCUCCAGGCUCUUAAAAAUAAUUUGAGAAACAAAUAUUUUGAGCAAGAAAACCCCCAAAAAAAUCCUCCCAGGUGAAGUAAGUUAAAACCCCACUUUUUUUUGGUUUGGCUUUUUUCAGGCCUUGUACAAACCAAUGUGAAGUGAACAAAGCAAUGUGAAGUGAACAAUGUGAACAAGGGAACAAACCAAUCCUAUUUGUAGCAGGGCAGCUGGAGCAAGCGUUGCGAGGAGUGGAACAAACCAAACGCAGGAUGCCACAACACCCAUCAGAACAGGCAGAGUGAGAGGCAAAAGUGUCACCUCCCCCCCACCCCCAACCCUCUUAUCAUUACUUAAGGAACCCUUCUGAAUCCUGAAAGUUAUGAGCACAACUAUUUUUAUAUAUAUAUAUAUAUAUAUAUAAGUUUAAAAACAGCAAAAAAAAGGUAACUAAAAUAAACCAGGUCAGGUUUGUCUAUGUAAAAUUGUUGACAUCAAUGAUGUCUUUUUUUUUCCCAUAUUCUUUAUCUGGGCUAAAGAAAUACAUUCUGUAUUUUUCCAGAUUUCUUUGUAAGCCUUUGGAAGAUUUUUUUUCCCCCUUUCUUUUUUUUUUUUUUUUCCUUUCUUUUCUUUUUCUUUUUAAACUUCAAAAUUGUCUUGAAACUGAACUUGUCCUUUCUUAAAGAAACAAAACGCUUGUAUAAUUUUCUUAACUUGUACAGUUGGUAAACUUUUAUGAGAGAGUUGAUAUCUGGAGUUUAAUGUCAGCUUCCUUUUAUUUUGCUGAAGUCUUUUCUAAGGAAAAAAAAAAGCCACCAAAAAAAAAAAAACCCUAAACACCACCACCUCCUUCUCCCCACCACUACAACCCCUCCAACCAAACCAUCUGACUGAAAAAUUGCUUAUUAGGCACCAACAUCUUCUGAAAGCAGUCAACAAUUGACAUCAGGACUGGUUAGAAAGUGGGUUUUGCUUUUGUGAAGGUGGUUUAGUAUUUAUCCAUGCUUUCUGGGCAAAUAGUGAUGCUGAAGAAGACAAACGUAAGCAGGAUGCUUGCCUUGCACUGAUUUAUUUUCUCUCUUGCUUUUUUAUUUUUAGGCUUCAUUUUUUAGGUUGAGCCCAGCUAAAUUUAAGCUCAGCCCACGUCCUUUUGAGUUGGGGCUUGUUUUGCUAAAGAUCAGGGUGGUGGAUUAGCCACUGAGUUAUUGUUGCUCUGUCAGCUCCUACCUUUCACCAAAGGCAGAAAAGAAGGAGGCAGAUGAGGCUGGCUGUAGCAGCUGGGGACCUGGUGCAUGAUGUUAGAUGCCUGAAAGCUGGCUAAGUUUGAAUGGAGGAUGUAUGGAAAAAAGUGGAAGAUGCCUGGAAAUUAGUGGAGAAUGCCUGAGAACUAAUGGGAAAUGGCAGAGGGUGUCUGGAGCUAGGGGAUAAUGUCUGGAAGCUGUUGGAGGGUGUCUGAAAACUAAUGGGAAUAGCAGAGGGUGUCUGGAGCUAGGGCAAAAUGUCUGGAAACAAGCAGAGGGUGUCUGAGAACUAAUGGGAAAUAGCAGAGGGUGUCUGGAGCUAGUGGGAAAUGUUUGGAAAGGAGCAGAGGGUGUCUGAGAACUAAUGGGAAAUAGCAGAGGGUGUCUGGAGCUAGGGCAAAAUGUCUGGAAACGAGUGGAGGAUGUCUGAGAACUAAUGGGAAAUAGCAGAGGGUAUCUGGAGCUAGUGGGAAAUGUCUGGAAGCUGUUGGAGGGUGUCUGAAAACUAAUGAGAAAUAGCAGAGGGUGUCUGGAGUUAGGGCAAAAUGUCUGGAAAUGAGUGGAGGGUGUCUGGAAGCUGUUGGAGGGUGCCUGGAAACUAGUGCAGGGUGUUUGGAAGCUGUUGGAGGGUGUCUGGAACUAGUGGGAAAUGUCUAGAAAUGAGCAGAGGGUGUCUGGAAGCUAGUGGAGGGUGUCUGGAACUAGUGGGAAGUGUCUGGAAACGAGUGGAGGGUGUCUGGAAGCUGUUGGAGGGUGUCUGGAACUAGUGGGAAAUGUCUAGAAAUGAGCAGAGGGUGUCUGGAAGCUAGUGGAGGGUGUCUGGAACUAGUGGGAAGUGUCCGGAAACGAGUGGAGGGUGUCUGGAAGCUGUUGGAGGGUGUCUGGAAGCUAGUGGACCUUAGAUGGCUUGAGUUAUUUCAGUGGCAGCCAAACCAUCACCCAGGCUUGGUGCAGCCGAUUCAGAUGCCUACAUCUUUGUGCCUAGAGGUCUCCAUGUCUAAGUGCCCAAGUCAAAGAGGUUUUAAGAUCAAAAGUGCAGGAAAUGCAAAUUCUUUAUCAGGAAGUGUGGAGGGGUGAUGCUCACCAUCCCAUCAGCCUCAUCUGGAAGUUGAAGCAGGGUGUUUCAUCCAUGAAAUAGCUUUUUAACAGCGGUGUUUUACUUUGGUUUGAUUUCAGUCACAAGUAACCUUCUACUUAGAUGAAAAAUAGGACAGAAAUUGUUCAUUUGUGUAAUUUCUUAGCUUAGCUGCUUGUCCUGUGGCUCAUGGGAGGGCUGCUGAGUCUCUGAUGGAUUAUUUUAUGAGUUUGACAGUUCUAGUUUUACAGUCCACCCUAUGCUUUGAAAUUAAUGUCUCCACCUGAAAAAAAAACCCAACCAACUGCUUAAGAGUUUGGUUUUGUUUUCCUUUUCAACUACCUGCACUUGGACUUUGGAUCAUGGACUCACAGAAUGGUUUUGGCUGGAAAAGACCUUUGUAAUCAAGUUCAACCAACAAGCCAAAUACUCUGGCUCCAGCUGGCUCCCUUGCCAUGAGGAGUCACUGGAGGAGUCUCUUAACCUGCUGGUCCCAGGAAUGAAGAAAUUCUUUACAGUGAGGGUGGUGAGACACUGGCACAGGUUGCCCAGGGAGGAUGUAGAUGCCCCCUCCCUGGAGGUAUUCAAGGCCAAGUUGGAUGAGGCCUUGAGCAACCUGGGCCUAGUGGGAGGUGUCCAGGCCCGUGGCAGGGAGGUUGGAAGUAGAUGAGCUUUAAGGUCCCUUCCAAUCCAAACCAUUCUAUGAGUCUGUGAACGCUGUGAGUGAUCCCUCCUGCUGGUCCAGCUGAUGGGUAGGAGCUAGCUACCAGUGGAGAGGCCUAUCAGUGAAGUCUGAUAAUGAACCACCUGCAGUAAUUGAUUGAUUGAUUGUUUUAGUAGGAAGUUGCUGUUGACAAGCUGGUUUAUUAACCCAAAUGACCACAGCUGAUGGUUCCAGGCUGAGUAAGAAUCUUUCCCUACUACAGUCCUACUUCCAACUUGAUGCUUUUCUUUAUUUUUGGAGGUUGAACGUCAUUCCCCAAACCUUGCAGGAACCUAAGUGAAUUGUCUCAGGCUUGUGUGUGAAAUUCAGCACUGUGUAAAUCUGCAGGAACAUUGCUUUGGGUUUUAUUUUUGGCCUUUGCUUUUUUUCUUGGUGACACUUAGAAGAGACCUUGACAUUCCAUAACCCAACAACUACUUAACCCUCAGCUAGACCUUCAAACCUUAUUUAAUUCUCAUUUAGUUUUCUUGCUGUUUCACACAACACUUUGGGGGUCUUGUUCUUCUACUAUCACUUGAGAAGUCAUUGCACUACUAAAGCUAUUUUAAAAGCCUACAGUUUAACUUUGGUGUUGUUUUCAAAGCCUUCAGCACAGGUUUGAAGGUGUUUCCACCCUGUGCUGAGAAGAACACAAACUACUCACACACUGACACUUGGGUCUGGUCUUUUUUUUUGUCAUUUCCAAGCACUGUCCUGGUGUGGGGGUUCUGAAUUUCUGGAUUCAUGAAGUGCUUGAAGACUUCAGAAGAGAGAAUCCAGUUCCACAGAGUGAGGAACUCCCCCUUGGGCUUUCUAAAGGGUUAAAUGUGAUGCAGAAUAAACCCCAAACCCUGACCACACAGAAAAUGUACAGAUUAGUUUUAUACCUUUUUUUCCACACAUAGUAAUUUUGCACUGUUAGUAACUCCUGUCUCUUACCCCCUCCACCCCUAUCCCUUCCCUGUCUGCAAUGCUGAAAACAAAAAAAGCUUAUUAAAAUAUUUUUGUAAACA